AUGUCAAAGCGUCGGUGCCUCCUUGUACUGCUACUAAGCCAUAGUGUUUUCUGCGACGACUGUCAUACAUAUGACUUCGAAAAAGACUUCGAGAUCACAUUCCAUCAGAAUCAAUCCAUGUGCGAAGGGAGAGUGAUGUGGCAAAUUGGUGAUUACUCGGAUUUCAAUAUUACUAGCCCCCACGAACUGAGUACACAAUUUGCUUAUCCCGGGAAAUCUCUGAGUUGUGUAUCUAGUAUUUCCUAUCCUAUGGAAGGAAAUGGAGUUUUUGAGGUAACGGGUUACUUGGAACCCGAAGGUGGUGUCGAACUGUUGGUUUUGGUUAACGAAAUAGUUCCCAAUGGACCUGAUGCAGCUGUUGGUAAUAUAUGGUUCACUGCAAAAGGAUGGGAUACUAGAAAUGUUACUCUUACCGGUCGUGGGAAGUAUCAGGGCUAUAUAACUAUGUUAGGAAUGGCAGCAUCCGAUUCAAUGGUCCUCGUUGAUUCUUUUCGAUAUAUCCCCCCGGAUUAUGAGGAAGAAUGUAAUAUAUAUGAGUAUCCACCGACAACGCCUGGGGAUACGACUUCAACGACCGACGAAGUGACUUCUACGACUGACGAAAUAACUUCUACAACCGACGAAGUAACUUCUACGACCGACGAAAUAACUUCUACGACUGACGAAAUAACUUCUACAACCGACGAAGUAACUUCUACGACCGACGAAAUAACUUCUACAACCGACGAAGUGACUUCUACGACCGACGAAGUGACUUCUACGACCGACGAAGUGACUUCUACGACCGACGAAGUGACUUCUACGACCGACGAAGUGACUUCUACGACCGACGAAGUGACUUCUACGACCGGCGAAGUGACUUCUACGACCGACGAAGUGACUUCUACGACCGACGAAGUGACUUCUACGACCGACGAAGUGACUUCUACGAUCGACGAAGUGACUUCUACGACCGACGAAGUGACUUCUACGAUCGACGAAGUGACUUCUACAACCGACGAAAUGACUUCUACGACCGAUGUAGUGACUUCUACGACCGACGAAAUAACUUCUACAACUGAUGAAGAUACAACAACAACAGAAUUUACUACUCCAAAUACAGAAUCUCCUAACACAGGAGAAGGCGGUACUGAUUACGAUAACCCAAGCACACCUCAGCCUACAGAACCCACACAAGGCGUAAAAAGAGGCAAUCAAAAAGAGCCUAUCGUACUAGUAGCACCUGAUAUAGAUGAUCUACCGAAAUCAAUUGUUAUACCUAGAGUGGAUAAAAUUAGUAACAAUUCUUUUAUACCAUACUUGGCGUAA